AUGGCUGCGUCCGCCAUGCUUAAAUUGCCUGAGUUCUGGGAGUCGGCACCCGAAACGUGGUUCGCACAAGCCGAGGCGCUAUUCGGCCUACACGGCGUUGAAGACGACGAGAGGAAGUUCUGGCAUGUCGUCACGGCGCUGAGCAACAGGACAGCGUCUCAGGUGACCCGCUUUGUCACCUCCCCUCCGGCCAGGGAUAAGUAUAACGCGCUGAAGGACCACCUUUUGAAGGUGUAUGGACUGUCCCAACUCGAGCGUGCGAGUCGGCUGCUGGACAUCAACGGGCUUGGCGAGCGCACACCGUCACAACUCAUGGAUGUCAUGCUGAACCUGUUGGGCGACGAGCCGCCUAAUUCGCUGUUCUUGGUGCUGUUCCUGCGCCAGUUGCCGGCCCACGUGCGCACCGCUCUCGGCAAUUCGGACGUCUCCGACCCGCGCGCUCUCGCUGAGGAAGCCGACAGAUACUUCGCCGCGACGCCCCGGGCAGCUCACGAGCACUUGGCACCUUUGCAGGCCUCUCCCGAUUUCCUGUCCCCGACGUUCGACCAGCGGAGGCCGACCGACCGGCGUGGGAAUCGACAGGAACGCUUCCAACGCGACGGCUGGUGUUAUUAUCAUGCCCGUUUCGUGCCGGGCGCCUUGCUCUUACGACGCGGGAAACGGCGGAGCCCGCCCCCUGUAGUGGCCGGGGCGGCGGGCGCUCCGAACCAGCUGCUUUUCGUGGUGGAUACGCUCUCCGGUCGCAAGUUUCUGUGUGACACCGGUGCGCAGAGGAGUGUAGUUCCAGCGGCCCCCGGGGAAGCGUCUGUGGAUACCGCCGGUCCGGCACUGCGCUCGGCCGAUGAAAAGCCCAUACGGACGUACGGGCUGAAGACUUUGAACUUGCGUUUUGGUACUCAGCGGUUCGUGUGGGAGUUUGUUGUCGCGGACGUUGCGUUUCCCCUUUUAGGGGCGGACUUUCUCUGCGCACACAACUUGCUGGUGGACAUUUUGCAUGGACGCUUGGUGGACGCUCGGACUUUCUUUUCCAUUCCCGGUGUCAGGAGUAAGGGAGAGCCCGUCUGUUUAUCCAGCUCUCUCGCGGAGGACAAUGUGUUUUUCCGUCUUCUGAGUGAGUACCCGAGCCUCACGCGUCCCACCUUCUCCGCGGUUUUUUCGAAGCAUGGUGUUGUGCAUCGCAUCGAGACGACGGGCGCUCCGGUCCACGCUCGCGCUCGUCGCCUCGACCCUGCUAAACUAUCUGUUGCCAAAGCUGAAUUUGAUAACAUGGAAAGGCUUGGGAUUGUUAGGCGCUCUAACAGCCCCUGGUCGUCUCCACUACACAUCGUUCCCAAACAUGACGGGGGGUGGAGGCCGUGCGGGGACUAUCGUCGACUCAAUAACAUUACCACGCCUGAUUGGUACCCGGUGCCCCACGUGCAGGAUUUUUCAGCCCUCCUCGCCGGUUGCGUGGUUUUCUCUAAGGUUGACCUGGUGCGGGGCUAUCAUCAGGUGCCCGUCCACCCCGCGGACGUCCCCAAAACGGCGGUAGUUACCCCGUUCGGCCUGUUUGAAUUUUUGAGAAUGCCUUUUGGUUUGAAAAACGCUGCGCAGUCGUUCCAACGCUUAAUGGACUCUGUUUUGCGCGAUAUGCCGUUCGUGUUUGUUUACUUGGACGACAUUCUUAUUGCAAGCAAGAGCGUUGAGGUUCACGUGCGUCACCUCCGGGAAUUGUUCACCAGGCUGGCGGCGCACGGCCUCAUUGUUAAUCCUGCGAAAUGCGUUUUUGGCGUUCCAACCAUUCAAUUUCUCGGCCAUCUCGUGAACAAGGAUGGCGUGGUCCCGCUUCCCUCCAAGGUUGAGGCCAUCACCUCUUUCGCGCGUCCGCGGUCGGCUCGCGAGCUGAGAGAAUUUUUGGGGAUGGUGGCUUACUACCACCGCUUCGUGCGUCACGCGGCUCACGUCAUGCGCCCGCUAUACGAGGCGCUCAAAGGUACUUCCCCCAACCACGUCAUCGCUUGGUCGGGUGAACUGUUAUCGGCAUUCGAAACUACCAAGGCUGCGCUUGGACAGGCAACGUUGCUAGCGCACCCCCUGCCGGAGGCUCCCGUUGCCCUUACCACCGAUGCGUCAGAUUUUGCAGUGGGAGCGGUUUAUGAGCAAUGGGUUAACGGUGCCUGGCAACCGCUCGCCUUUUUCAGUCGCCAAUUGGGUCCUCGCGAGCGCAAGUAUAGUGCUUUUGACAGGGAGCUUCUGGCCCUCUGGUUAGCGGUGCGCCAUUUCCGUUUUCUCCUGGAGGGCCGUCCCUUCACCGCGUACACCGACCACAAACCCCUCACGUUUUCAAUGUCCCGUUCGGCUGAACCGUGGUCUGCACGUCAGCAGCGCCAGCUUUCUUAUAUUUCCGAGUUCACCACCGACAUCAGACAUGUAUCGGGGAAAGCCAACGUGGUUGCUGACUGUUUGUCCCGGUCAUUCGCUGGCGCGGUUCAGCUCGGUUUGGAUUUCGCUGCCAUGGCCUUUGACCAGGCGCAAGACGAGAGUGUUUGCGCGUUCAAGUCUUCGGUUUCAGACUUGCUCUUACAACGUGUCCCAGUGGGCGACACUGGUGUCACCUUGUGGUGCGACGUCUCUACUGGCGUUGCCCGCCCCUUGGUUCCGGCGCGCUGGCGGCGUAAGGUGUUCGACGCGGUACACAGCCUCUCGCAUCCCGGUCGUAAACCGUCUGCUAAGCUGGUAUCGCAAAAAUUUGUGUGGCGGGGCCUUAAGAAAGAUGUGCUGGCGUGGGCCGAUUCCUGCGUCGCUUGUCAACGGGCUAAAGUUCAGUGCCACGUCAAAGCGCCCCUCGAACCUUUCGUCGUCCCUGAACGGCGUUUCGACCACAUCAAUGUGGACUUAGUGGGUCCUCUUCCGGUUUCCCAUGGGUUCACGCACGUGCUCACCAUGGUCGAUCGGACCACACGUUGGCCUGAGGCGGUUCCUUUGUCGUCCACCACCACUGCUGAUGUGGCUCGCGCAUUUAUUGGAACGUGGAUCGCGCGUUUUGGGACUCCGUCUGAUAUUUCUUUGGACCGUGGGGCGCAGUUCACGUCCGAGUUGUGGGGAGCGGUCGCCGAUAGCUUGGGGGUUAAGCUGCACCGUACCUCCGUGUAUCACCCGCAAGCUAAUGGACUGUGUGAACGUUUUCACCGCUCCAUGAAGGCCUCCCUUCGCGCUUGUUUGAGUGACGGGGACUGGGUGGAUAGGCUUCCUUGGGUGUUGCUUGGUCUUCGGUGUGCACCCAAGGAGGACCUGCACGCUUCUUCUGCGGAGUUGGUUUAUGGCCAGGUUUUGCGUGUUCCCGCUGAUUUCCUCCCUACUGCGACUGCACCGUGGUCGGCCGAAAGUCAAAGGGCGGACCUGCUCGAUUUUGCCCACGGUUUUGCCCCGGUUCAGACCUCGCAGCACUGUGUGCCCGAGUGUUUGCUUUUGGACAUCGGGGGCCGGAGGGAACUUGUUUCGAUCGACAGGGUUAAGCCCGCUUGCGUGGAUUCCUCCCUACCGUUGGAGGUCGCUCAGCCUCCCCGCCGGGGUCGCCCCCCUGGUCUUCGUAGGAGUGUGUCGCCCGUUAGUUCCGAGCCCGUGGCGGACGCUCCGUCGUCUAGUUUCUCUGUCCCGGACGUUCGGGGCACCCGUUCCCCCUCUGUUUCUGGCUCUGCCGCUCCGAACCAGCGUUCUCGUCGGGGACGGGCAAUCGUGCCCCCCAGUCUUCAUUUCAAACCGGGAAUAGUUGUUCAGCUCUGUGGCACUGAGAAGAGCACCUCUGUCCCAACUGAAGAUAUUGCGAGUUUAGAAAUAGAGGAUCUGACAGAUGUUGGUGUUGAUGUCAAUGACCUCAGCUCUCAGCUUGAGCAUACCUUGGCUUCACUUUUCCUGAAAAUGCAGACAAAACUGAACAUAUCUGAAAGUGCUCUCCAAGAAAUCAUCCAGGAAAUAGGACAGAUAUUUCAACUUUCAGAACCUCUGAUGUUUUCUGUGGUUGAGGAGAUACUCAGACGCCAUUAUCCUGAUCUUGAUAGCGCUGUUGUUAAGGAGGUCUUUGCAGAGUUUUACAGAGUCGCCAGUAAGAACCUUAAGAAAGAAUUCUACGAAGCUCUGGACCACCAUACCACUCGUCUCAUUGAUCUCUUCAAAUCCAAAAAAGGAGUUGCCGGCCAAUCAAUCAAUCGCCUUCUCCAGCCAAUCAAUACACAAUCAACAGCAGAUGACGUUGCCAAGGAGGAAAAGCCUGACAAUGAUGAAGUGGAAAAGGAGGAGGAGGAGGAAAGUCAACCACCUGCGUGCAAAAUACCCAGAAAGACCCCACUGGAGGAGCUUUUCGCGGAGGAAGAGGCAGAGAGCAAACUUUUACAGCAGAGCUCUAUGUCCAUCAAAAAACGGGCGGUCAUUGAGCUAAAUAUGUACCAGGAAAUGCCACCAGCUGUUUUGUCUCAGGACCCUGCUGCAUGGAGACACUAUUUGUCCGGAACGCUCACAGUUACUGCCUGA